AUGUCUUCUCCGGGUUCAAGUCGUGCUGGGUCAACGGCAUCUGCCCCUCCCAUUGACGACAAUGUCCCUUCACGCGUGUAUAACAUCACCAACCAGUUCUUCCGCCGACACUAUGACAUCAACUCAGCAGAUGGCCAGCCUCUAUUUUACGGCGAAGUAUCUGAGUUCACCCCAAACAAGCCAGACCUUAUUCUCCAUGCUGGUACCAGCAGCAAAGGUCCAAUUGUGGCCGUCUCCAAAUUUGCCAAGUCGUCCGGCGAUUACAAAAUAGGCAUUGGGAACCCCGAUGAUGUGAACUCCGUCCAGUGGGAGGACAUGACCAAGGAACUCAUUCGCAAACCGAAAUACCGCUUCGAAAUGACAGUUCAAUGCCAAUCUGACCAAACUCAGAGUGGGAGGCGGUCAUUCCUGUGGAAGCGAACACGCACUAUUGGCGUUGAAGAUUCAGCACCGUCUAAAUGGACCGGUCAGAACUAUAAGCUCGUGGAUGAGCACACCGAGCAGCUUCUGGCCGUAUUCUCAGGUGCGACGGGGCUAGACAGAGGUGGGAAACUGCAAAUCAGAGUGGAAUACGGAGAGGACUUUGAUCGAAUGGUGUUGGUUACUUGUUUAAGUUUGUAUGAGAAGGCGAAGCGGCGCAAACACAGAGCCGGUGGUGGUGGCGGAGGAGGAGGCUGA